UAUCUCUGGUUCCAUGCCAGCGGGGAGGGUUUAAAUGGCACCCAGCAGUUGGCGUGAGGGGCCGCAGGAGCUUGGGGGCUGGUGGCAGGAACAAGUCUCUGCUGACCCCAUGGAGCUGUAUGAGACCUCUCCCUACUUCUAUCAGGAACCUCACUUCUAUGACGGGGAGAACUACCUGCCUGUCCACCUCCAGGGCUUCGAGCCGCCAGGCUACGAGCGGGCUGAGCUCGGCCUGAGCCCUGAGGCUCGCGUGCCCCUUGAAGACAAGGGGCUGGGGCCCGCGGAGCACUGCCCGGGCCAGUGCCUGCCGUGGGCGUGUAAGGUGUGCAAGAGGAAGUCGGUGUCUGUGGACCGGCGGCGCGCCGCCACUCUGAGGGAGAAGCGCAGACUCAAGAAAGUGAAUGAAGCCUUCGAGGCCCUCAAGAGGAGCACCCUGCUCAACCCCAACCAGCGGCUGCCCAAAGUGGAGAUCCUGCGCAGCGCCAUCCAGUACAUAGAGCGCCUGCAGGCCCUGCUCAGCUCCCUCAACCAGGAGGAGCGCGAUCUCCGCUACCGAGGUGGGGGCGGACCCCAGCCAGGGGUGCCCAGUGAAUGCAGCUCCCAUAGCGCCUCCUGCAGUCCACAGUGGGGCAGCGCACUGGAGUUUGGCCCCAACCCAGGGGAUCAUCUGCUCCCAGCGGACCCUACAGAUGCCCACAAUCUGCACUCCCUCACUUCCAUCGUGGACAGCAUCACAGUGGAGGAUGUCACUGCAGCCUUCCCAGAUGAAACCAUACCAAACUGAGAUUGUCUGCCAGGAUGGGCAUCCAUGAGAGCCCCCCCCAGCUGGCCACAGAUGCCACCACUUCUGCAGCAGGGCUCUUCUAAGCCAGGCUUUUCUGAUGCCAGGAAACCAGCUCUGGGGCUGACAAAUGCCAGACUACCCCCUCCUCAUCCACUUAAGGUUAACCUGCCACCCAGAGAGGGAAAGAAUGCUCUCACUUAGCUGACUCCUUAGAGCAAGAGGGCAGUUCUGUUUCCAGGGAGAUAAAUCAAGGGACCAGAGUGCCCCCUUGUGUAAGCCCUCUGGUCAGGGGGCAACUCAGGAGCUGCCCUUUGAUUGUUAUGCAGCCUCCAAAUCCACUCCCUGAAAAGAUAGCUUGAGAUAUGAAGACAGCGUCUUGACCUGGACAGACUAUGCACAUCUCCUGUUCGUCUCUUCCUAUGCCAGUGGCUGGGCUGGGCCUGCCCUGAAUUGAGAUAAGGGAGAGGAAUAAUCCAGUUCCCAAGUCACUGGGGGGGCCAAGCUUUUACAGUGAAUCCUGGGAACCUUCCAGUGGUUUUAUGUUUUGUUUUGUUUUGUGUGUUGUUUGUAAAGCUGCCAUCUGACCAAGGUCUCUGUGCUGAAGUUGCCAGGGAUAGGUGCGGGGCGGGGGGCAGGGGCUCCUGGGGUGAUUAAUUUUGUUAACUAAGCAUUGUGUGGUUUUGCCAUUGUUUUGUAUAUUUUUUUUUUUUUUUGCUAACUUAUUUGGAUUUCU